CCCCCGCUGUCGCGCAUGGGUGCCAGCGCCGCUGUUCCUCCCGCCCGGCAGGGGGCGAGCCGCCGCCGAGCGCGGGGGCCGCUCCACUUCCGUGUGGGCGGGCGCAUGGCGGGGCCCGGCGGCGCGGCGGGGCUGGCAGCGGCCCGGGAGCUGCUGGACUUGCGGCCACGGUCAGGACUGGAAGACAUUUUGCUGAUUAAUCCAAAAUGUAGCGGCAAGAAGGCCACAACUUUACAGACGGUUAAGGUGCCGAGGAGCAAUGUUUUGGACCAAGUACAGAGCUUUUUACCACAGUUGGCCCAGGCAAAUGAUGAACUGAAAAGAAAAAUGGUAACAGCACCCGCUCAUCAGUUUGAUAUUGAACAUCUAGACAAUGAAACAGAAAAAGUUAUAGAAAUGAAUGUGGCUGUAGUUGAACUGAGUGAUUCUGAUACAGAUGAACAGUUGCUGACUUCAGAAGAUGACUCGGAAUCUGAUGAAGAUGACUCAGUAAUUGAUGAAGUGACAGUAGACAACAUUAAGUUUCCUAAACAAAAGGGAGAAAAGGGCAAAAUAGAAAUUUUGGACAGCAAAGCAAAUGAGUAAAUCCAUUUUAUUUUACUUUAAGAAAUUCCAAACCAACCAAAUCAUGUUUUCUCACUUCAAAGAGUUGUCCCUUAAAACUACUUUGUUUCUCAGUGUAGCAUCUCUCAGGUUCCUGUGAAAUGCUAUAGUUUAUAUGGUGGAGAGUUCAGGAUCCACUCAUAGCUGGGGAAGGCUGGGUUUCUGAAGAAUUAAGUGCAAUUUUAUUCAUCAAAUAACAGGGAAAUGCACUUCAUAGUAGAUUACACCAAGAAAACAGCUAGAGUAAAGGGGCACUUUAAAGUUAAAAAUUCUUGUUCUGUUGCUUUGUUGAAGAAAGACCUUUUUUUUACAGGAAGAUAGAAGUUUUUGCUUCAAGGGCAAGAAAGAAUCAACUAUGAAAAAAAGCUUUCCAUGUAUUGUGAAGUGUUAUGUACACUCUCUUUACUAUUAAACAUGAUCUUUAAGUACCCUAGAGGUAUGUCUACAUUGCAUUAAUGGCUGUAACUGCUCAACACUGGAGCCGUGGCUGAGCUCAUUUCCAGCUGAGCCAGCCUGGGUAAGGACAGCCAUGAGCAGAGAGUUCAGCAAAGGGUUACUUAGUACUUAACCCUGUGCGCCUGCACUGAGCUCCACACCAGCAUAGGGAGCUUACAGGCUCCUCUGGGAAACCUUUGUGGCUGUGGUGCAAACACCCUCCAUACUCAAAGGAUCAAGGCUGCCUUUGGGGUGUUAAGAUGGCUUUAAGCUACAUUUCUCAUCCCCCAAUUUUCCUGCCACGUUUCCAGUCUCCAUUUUGUUAACUGUCACUGACAGAAGGAUGAAAAGAUGAAUUUUCAGCUGGCCUAUACUUAAGUUGGCUUGACACAAUUGUGAAACCAGAAUCAGUGAAAAUGUGUCCCAUUUAUAUUUACCUUGGAUUGAUCAAAUACAAUGGUUUGGGCUAUUACAUUUACUUCAUAGAUCAGUCUGGAUUUCAGAAGUAUCUGUCAUGCUCCUGGAUGUCAUUGUUUCUUAAAGGAACUUUGUAUUUUCUUCGCCAUUAAAGUAAAAUUUUCUAUACUGUAUUUGCUCAAAUAAUAAACCUAAUGUCAUUAAUUGAAA